AUGUCGAUUGACGGCAGAGAUAUAGUGAAAGUGAGAAUUAUCGUGACCCAAUAUAUCGAAACGGACGUGAUGAGCUUCAAAUCCGUCGUUCAGAGUCUAACAGGGAGAGACUCAAAUGCGCCGCAGCCGUUAAUGGCAGCAACCACAGUGAGCUCAGACCCCAGCGAAAGGAAGCCGAGCCAGGAUGGAGAAGAUGGGUCAUGGAGUACGAAGCAGGGAAAUCUGCAGUUAGAAGAGUUUGAGAAAAUGUUGUUGGAAUCGCCAUCUUUAGAUGAGUUGCUUGGAUUGUUGUCCGAUUAA